GCAUUUAACAUCCGUGCCAGUCGCUAGCUAGCACUGUGUAGUUCACCUGUCGCUGUGUGUUUGAUGAAGUGCGGAGCUAAGGGGAGAUGUGGUCCUUUUUCGCUAGGGAUCCCGUGAAAGACUUUGCGUAUGAACUUCUUCCAGACAGCCAGGAAAAGUCCGGAAUAUGGACUCUACACCGGGGAAAGCGAAAGACCACUGGAGAGCCAGUGUCUGUGUUUGUAUACGAGGUGGCUCAGGGCACAGAGCAGCAGACCCAGCUCGCCAAGGCUGCCUUCAAGCGUAUGAAGACACUGCGUCACCCUAACAUCCUGGCCUAUGUUGAUGGGUUGGAGACAGAGAAGAGCCUCUACCUGGUUACUGAGCAGGUUACACCCCUGGCAGCCCAUCUGAAGGCACGGGCAGAGAAGGGUGGUGUUGGGGAACUGGAGAUCUCAUGGGGACUCCAUCAGAUAGUGAAAGCUCUGAGUUUUCUCAUCAAUGACUGCCAUCUGCUCCAUAACAACCUGGGCAUAUGGGCUGUUUUUGUGGAUCGAGCUGGAGAGUGGAAGCUAGGAGCCCUCGACCAUGUGGCCCCUGAGCAGGGAGACCCAAGUGGGGUCUCGCUCCCUGCACCAAAGGCAGUUUACCCAGACAUGGAGAAAUAUGACCCACCAGAGAUGUCUAACAGCAGUGGAGAGAAAUGGGCAGGAGAGGUGUGGCGACUAGGUUGCCUGAUUUGGGAGGUGUUCAACGGGCCGCUGCCACGUACUUCUUCCCUCCGUUCCCUGGGAAAGAUCCCCAAGGUUCUGGUUCCCCAUUACUGUGAGCUGGUUGGAGCCAACCCCCGGACUCGGCCAAACCCUGCCCGGUUUCUCCAGAACUGUAGAGCCCCAGGGGGAUUCCUGAGUAGCAGCUUUGUGGAGAGCAACCUUUUCCUGGAAGAGAUUCAGAUCAAGGAGCCAGCCGAGAAGCAGCAGUUCUUCCAGGAUCUGAGUGACAAUCUCGAUUCUUUCCCUGAAGACUUCUGCAAGCACAAAGUCCUGCCUCAGCUGCUCACCGCUUUUGAGUUUGGCAAUGCAGGCGCUGUCGUCCUCACACCACUCUUCAAGGUGGGAAAAUUUCUGUCAGCAGAAGAGUACCAGCAGAAAAUCAUCCCUGUCAUUGUGAAAAUGUUCUCCUCCACAGACCGAGCUAUGAGGAUACGACUUCUGCAGCAGAUGGAGCAGUUCAUUCAGUAUUUGAAUGAGGCUGCAGUGAAUUCCCAGAUUUUCCCUCAUGUUGUUCACGGCUUCACAGACACAAACCCUGCUAUCAGGGAACAGACUGUGAAGUCUAUGCUGCUGCUGGCUCCGAAGCUAAAUGAGACCAACCUGAACCAGGAACUGAUGCGUCACUUUGCCCGGCUCCAGGCUAGAGACGAGCAAGGCCCAAUCCGAUGCAACACCACCGUCUGCCUGGGAAAAAUCGCCUCCUACCUCAACGCUGGGACUCGACAGCGCGUUCUGAUUUCUGCCUUCUCUCGAGCCACAAAGGACCCGUUCCCUGCGUCGCGCUCUGCUGGCGUGCUGGGCUUUGCGGCUACACACAACUACUACAGUGUAACGGAGAUUGCUGCCCGUAUCCUGCCCACCCUGUGUGCUGUUACUGUUGACCCCGAUAAGAGCGUCAGGGAUCAGGCAUUCAAAGCCAUAAAGAGUUUCCUUUCCAAACUAGAGACUGUGUCAGAAGACCCCAGCAAGCUAGCUGAGAUCGAAAAGGACGUAGCAUCGUCUGCUCAGCCUGCAGGUGCCUCGUCCAGUUGGGCUGGCUGGGCUGUGACAGGCAUGAGCUCGCUCACUUCUAAGCUGAUCCGCAAUGCUCCAGGGACGGAAGGGGGUACAGGCACUGAGGGAGGCGGACCUGCCGCUAAUGCCACCAGCCCCACUACUCCCCCUAGUGCCAGUGAUGGAACAGCCGCAACAGGUUCUCAAGACAAAAAUCAACAAGCCUCCCUGACUCACCACGGUGCCUCUAGUCGUGCCAACCAAUCACAGACUCUUGAAGUAAGAGACAACAAUGAUGAGCCUGUAGGAGACCGCUGGGAUGAUGAGGAGGAGGACUGGGGAAGUUUGGAGGAGCCAGAGAAAGCUCAGACUGAGCCCGAUGACUGGAACACCGACUGGUCAGGAAUGAGUUCAUCCAAAAAGAAGGCGAGCCGCUCAUCCACCUCCAUGGUGGUGAAAAAACAGAGCUCCGACUGGAGCUCAGGCUGGGAUGCCGAUGACAGCUGGUCCAACGAGAAAGAAGGUCAGGGUCAGAGCUCUGCAGGCGAGGAAGGCUGGGGGAACGACUGGGGGGAGGAGGAGACCGACACAAGCUCGGCCAAUAAAACGCUGCCCCUGCCCGAAGGUGUGCGGUUAGCCAGCGAGUACAACUGGGACAGCACGACAAAGGGCGCCAGUCAAAACGAUCUGUUCGCCAGCGUGUCCCAGAGAAACACAGCCAGCAUGUCUGCUGCCACGUCUGGAGAUGGCUGGGGCGCCGAGCCGACAGGAGACUGGGGAGCUGAGGAGAGCUGGGAGUCGGUAGAUGGAAGCCAGGGUCUCAGCAAGGCAGAGCUGUCCAAAAAGAAACGCGAGGAGAGGAGGAAGGAACUGGAGGCGAAACGGGCGGAACGAAAAGCUGCUAAAGGUCCUCUCAAACUGGGCGCGCGCAAGCUGGACUGAUGAGGACCUAACAGAGUGGCACAAAGCAGCAGAUCUAGGUUCCACAUUCCACAAGUUAAGGACCAGAAAGAAGUGGCAGCAUUAAAGAAAACUGACAGUCGCUAAAAUGGAGAAGGCAGAGGAGAACCUUUCCUCUGGACGACUUUUAGUUUGGGGAUUUUCUGUCUUUGUUCCUCUAAAAAAAAACUGACGCAGAUAAAAGAUGGAGACGGAGAGGAAAUCUGGAGAGCAGCACCCCCUGCAGCAGAGGCCUGAGCAGGUUUCAGACGAUGUCCCCCUCAUUAUUUUUUAUUCAUGACUCCCACAGUUGCUCUUGUAAACUAUAUGUACAUAACUGGUGCAUCCUGUCUUAAAAAAAUGACUUUUUUAGAAGAAAAACCCCCACAAAUAUAUAUAUAUAUAUAUAUAUAUAAUAGAAUUUUUCUUCACACAUGUAUUGUUGUGCUGAAUGUUUUUCAGUACAUGUGAACACACACACACACACACACACUGUGGUUUCGAAUGUUUUAAUUCAGUUACAGACUAAGAAUAAGUUCAUGCAUGCACUGUGUAUUGUGUGGCCUAACAAAAGGCUUCAUGGCAAGAAAUUAAAAACGUGCUGAAUUUA